AUGUUUGCAGUAGUUCAUUUCCCAGAUGAGGAUUGUGUGGAAUGUGUUCCCAUGUCAUGGUUACAUGAGGGAAAGUGCUAUUGGCCUCAAAAGGAGGCAAAGAAAAAAAUAAAGAACUUGGCAAUUCCAGACAAAGAGAAAUGGACUCUGUACAACAUUCGGAAACUGGGACAAGAUUAUGAAGACUAUGACACAGCCAGGAAAUAUUGCAAAAAGGCAGAGGAAACAUCAAACUUUGAAACGGAUGAUGACACAAGAAAGAAGAAGACUCCUGCUAGAUUCUACUCCUCCAGUGAGAGUGAAGAUGACAAUGACAUUGAUGGAAAAGGUUCAGCUGGCCUACCAAAACCACCUAAAGUCAUCUCCUCCUUGAAAGGGCUUAAAAGAACUACCAAUGACUUAGAAGGGCAAGGAAAUUCAGCUCCCUUGAAGAAGAAGUUAUUGCUGGCAUCAAAAGAAACUGACACUCAUCCCUCCCCUCGAUCCCCAUCUCCACCACCAGCAGUACCAAGGAGUCAGACAGUUACAACUGUUAGGAGGCAGUUGUUAUCACCUGUUCGCAGAUCACCCAGAUCGAAAACAACAUUGUCUGGCAGAGAAGAGACCCGAAGAAAUCUAGCAACCCCACCCAGAGUGCAGGCCUUGUCAAUAUCACACACGACAGCAUCACGAUCUUCAGCUAAUUCGGCAGAAAAAGAGGACGUACACAGUGUUCCUGAAUUGCUCAGACAGGUGCUUGCUAAACUGGACCAUCUUCAAAGUGAUAUGACAGCUUUAAGAAAUCAUAUGACAACUGCAGAUGUUGAAGUUGAAGACAUUGAAAGUUUCCUUCCAUCUCAGAGAAAACUUGAUUCAAGUGAAGAUAUAAAACAAUUGGAGGAGAGCUUAGAUGAAAGUUCUAGGAAAAAAAUGAUUACUUCACUGGCCUCAUUGCAAGGAGGGAAUGAUGCAGGUGAAAUUUGCAGGACGGUCAUGAGGGCAUUGAUGACUAACAAUGCCAUGAGUCAGUACAGUGGAACAGGCCAAAAAGGAAAGCUACCCUUCAUUGGUACACCUCUCUACAAGAUUAUUCUGUCUGCAGCAAGAAAGGCCUCUAAGAAGACACUAGCAUUCCAGGAAAUCAAAACAGAAGUGCUUGAUGUUUUAAGGAAUGCCCCUAAUAAGCCAGGGGGAACAAAUUACAUAAAGAAAAGAGGAAAUAAACGAACAAGACCACCUUUGAUAGAUGAAUUUCCGGAGGACUCCAGUUAA